AUGAUAUAAUAGAUUAUAAAAUAUAAUAGAUUAGAAGAAGUAAUUAUUAAUUUUUAUAUUAAUAUCCUUUAAAUUUAUUUUAAUUAAUAAAAAUAGUUUUUAAGCUCUUCAAAAUUACCUCAUAAGAUUCUCCAUAUUGAUCUCCACAAAGUGAAAUGCCUAUUUAAUAUAUAAAAGGCGAAAUGUAAUAUAUCUUAAUAACUUAAUAUAAAGCUAAAUUAGCUUAAAAUAGCUUUAUUUUUGAGCUUAUAGAAAGCUUUAAAUUCAGAAAAUGUAAAAAUGAAUAUUUAAAAAGUUACUAUUAAAUUGGUGAUAGAAUAGAAUAGAAAUACUCGCACAUAUAAAUAUGCACUCAGAAUACAUCUUAAAUAUAAUAUUUUAAAUUAUUUAUAUAUAUUUUUUGUUUUGUUUUUUGUUUAUAAUUGUUUUUUAUUUAUUCAUUUAUUUAUAUUUGUGUUUAAACACAUUCAUUUUCUUCAAUAUUUAAAAAGUUUCAAUAAAAUUGGUGACAAAGGUGCAUCAGGCUUAGGUUCUGGUUUAGCAAAAUGCAUUAAUCUCUCAAAUUUGACACUUCACCUUGGGUAAAAACAGUUUAUUUGUUUUGGAUUGUGA